CAACUCUUAGAUGGUGACAGAUAUCGAGGAUCAUAUCGACUCUCUCAUUUCACCUGCUGACCUUGCUUCAGCCUUCACGAAUCACCAUGAAACCAACAAAUAUCUUGGGGGUAUGCGCGCUAUAUAAUGAGGGCAUGUACCAUCCUCCUCUUAAAUACAUCCCACCUCGCUCGACGCUGACACGUCAAUCGUCCUCCUCAAUGGCUUCAGACCUUCCUGCUACUGAAAUAGCAUUCAUAGUUCAAGAACUCGAUACCUCACUCAACGCAAAUAUCCUUGACUCCCUAUUACACGGAGUAUACACGGGCAUUGUCGCUGUUACCCUGUGGAAUAUAUUCAUUGCUAGUCCCCGACCCAACGGAAAGGCCAUAGUCGCUAUUAUCAUAAUACUCCACAUCCUAACCUCCAUCAACCUGGCCUUCCAAUGGUCGUACAUGCGCUCCACGUUGGUCGACAAUGCACAAAACCUUUGGACCAAAUAUCUGAGGAUCUACAAAGCCGGUGACAUAUCCUUUUUGGCAACAGGUAUCACGAGUACUGUCUGUACUAUCCUCGCAGAUUCUACCAUGAUUUGGCGUUGUUGGAUGGUCUGGGGACGGUGCUGGUUGACUACUCUCCUUCCUGCUCUUUGUCUAGUGUCUGCUAUUGUGUUUAAAAUUAUCUUCCUACGCUGCCAGGUCAUAGAUGGAGCCGUCAACGACCUACUCAAUCCGGUGCUUUAUGCGUCCUUCUCGCUAGCCACGACCCUCUGGUGCACACUACUCAUCAUAUACCGUGUCUGGACUGUUGGACGAGCAAGAGAACGAGGACUCGGAGCCUACCGGCACGUCGUUGAAGUCCUAAUCGAGUCAUCAGCUCUCUAUUCCGCGUCUUUGAUCCUAUUUGUCGCCUUCUUCGCUCACAAUGACUGGGCAGCGAAUUACCUUGAUCCCAUAACAGGAAUCGCAAGAGGUGUUGCUCCGACUCUCCUUGUCGGGUGUGUUGCGGCGGGACAUGCUCAUUCUGACGACUCAUGGCAGGGAAGUAUAGUUACGUCGCUCCGUUUUGGGCAUGGUCAGGCUCGGGCGAGUGCUCAAGAAGAUACUCUGAUAAGUAUAAGCCUCUAUGGUGGUGACCUGGAGGAUCAGCCAGAUGGGGAGGGUAACAGCAAAUGUGGAUCCCAAGAGAAUGGCAUGGAAAAGGUCGCUCUGGAUGACAAAGAGGCUGGAGGAAGUAUAUAAUGGUCUGAACAUGUCGCCUUUCAUACAGGGCAUUGAUGACCUCGGUAAACGUCGUCAUUUAUUCCAGCCUUGAGUCUGGGUUUCUCGUUUGUUGGAGUUACCAUAGGGAUGGGUCCAUUUCUCUGUGCUUCAACACUGUAUAACCUUUCUACGUGUUCACCAUUCGAUACCAUCACGGCAUAACUCGAUGACAUUAGUGCAGACUCGCCAGCCAGUUCUCUUGUUUGUCUCUUACUCUAUCCAACGAGAAAUAUGAUUAACACAUCGCAUUUUAUUGGAAAACACGUUGCGAGCUCCAUUAAGCUCCUAGAACCCGGAUCCUUGCUUAUCGGGGCCUCGUUGAUCGACGAGCUGCAAAGACGACUU